AUGGCGGAAGUGGACGACUACCUUUCCGACAACCUAUCCGACGACCUGCGCGACCAGAGCCGGCGCAAGGUGAUCUACUUCGCGGAGGAGGACGAGGAGGUGGACGAGCGGCGCUUCCUGGACGCGGAGGAGGUGAAGGGGAAGUUGCCGCAGUGGAUCAAGGAGGAGGAGACGAUGAAGUACAUAAAGUUCAAGUUCACCAAGUUCAUCAACAACUUCAAGGGCGAGGGCGAAAUGCCGAUCUACUCGACCAGGAUCAAGGAGAUGUGCAUCGCCAACAAGCAGUCCAUCGAGAUCAGCUACACCCACCUCAAGGAGGCCCUCCCCACCAUCGCCAUGUGGGUGGGACUCGAGCCCUCCCUCAUCCUGCCCGAGCUCAACGCCAUCACCUACUCCAUCGCCUGCAAGGCCUACCACAGCUACAAGAACAUCUUCCCCGAAGUCUUCAUCAAGAUCAGGGACCUGCCCAUCAUCGACUACAUCAGAGACUUGCGCCACGCCCACCUCGGCAAGCUCAUCAGGAGUACCUAUUCUGCGAUUGUCCAAGGAGUGGUGACUAUUCGGAGCGAGGUCUUCAGCCAAUUGAAGAAGAUUAUAUACAAGUGCGUGAAGUGCGGUUUCCUGAAGGGCCCCUUCUACAUCAACAGCAUCAACGACAUCCGCCUGGGCAGCUGCACCUCCUGCCAGUCCAACGGUCCCUUCCCCAUCGACAAGCAGAAGACCAUCUACCGCAACUACCAGAAGAUCACGCUGCAGGAAGCGCCCUCGGAAGUGCUGCCCGGAAGGAUCCCGCGCAGCAAGGAAGUGGUGCUGUUCGGCGACAACAUCGACGUGGCUCGUCCCGGCGACUACAUCGAAGUCACUGGCGUCUACAUGAACCGGUACGAGUGCUACCUCAACAUCCGCCAGGGCUUCCCCCUCUUCGUCACCCUCAUCGAAGCCAACAGCGUCACCAAGAUGCUCGAGAGCGACAAGCACGACCUCGACGAAGGCAUGGAGGAGAAGAUUCUCAAAUUCUCCAAAACUGAAAACCUCGAUGAAGUCAUUUACCAGUCCAUCGCGCCCUCCAUUUACGGACACUACAACAUCAAGCGCGCGCUCACGAUGGCCAUGUUCGGAGGCAUCUAGAGGGUGGUGGAGGGCACCCACCGCAUCAGGGGCGACAUCAACGUGCUUUUGCUGGGCGAUCCUGGCAUUGCCAAGUCCCAAUUCCUCAAAAGCGUGCAGAAGAUCUUCUACCGAUCCAUCUACACGACGGGAAAGGGAGCCUCGGCGGUAGGCCUUACUGCCAGCGUGAAGCGGGACCACUCGACCAACGAGUGGAAGCUGGAGGCAGGAGCACUGGUCUUGGCUGACAAGGGAGUUUGCCUUAUUGAUGAGUUUGACAAGAUGAACGAGCACGACCGCACCUCCAUCCACGAAGCCAUGGAGCAGCAGUCUAUUUCGAUCUCUAAGGCAGGCAUCGUUACCACGCUGAGAGCACGAUGCUCAGUUAUAGCUGCAGCCAAUCCGCUACAGGGUCGCUAUAACUCCCAGCUCUCCUUUAGCGAAAACAUCGACCUUUCCGACCCAAUCCUCUCCAGGUUCGACAUUCUCAACGUCAUCCGCGACGAGGUCAACGAGGACAUCGACUACAACCUCAGCACAUUCGUCAUCAACCUGCACAUCAAGAACCAUCCCUACAAGGAGCAAUACGAACUCACCGACAACCUCAUGCCUGAAGCCGAUACAAGGCCUAAAGUGGACUGCCAGUUCCUCAGGGAGUACAUUCGAUACGCUCGCGAGCGCAUCAGGCCUGAGCUCCCGGAGAAGCAUCUGGGGCUGAUCAACCAGUUCUACGUGAAGCUGAGGGAGGAGAGCAAGAUUUCGGGAGGCAUGAACGUGGCAGUGAGGCACAUCGAGUCGAUCAUCCGCGUGGCGAUAGGUAAAGUUGCUUCUAUUCAGCUCGCGCCAAGAUGUACCUGCGCACUGAGCGACAAUAAAACCGGCAAGAUCGAAGCAGGCACCAAGGUAGCUGCAGGCAUGGAGACCAAAUUUGUUGUCAGGUUCUCUCCCGAGGCUAAAAUCGACUACAAGUAUGAACUCAUCGUCGUCACUGAGAGGGAAAAAUUCAUCGUCCCUAUCGUAGCCAUUGGAAAAAGAGCAAUGAUCGAUUUCCCAGAUGUGCUUGACUUUGGCCCUUGCCCUGUCAAGUUCAAUACAGAAAAACCAGUCAUCAUCCGCAACCUCGGAGAGAAGACGACCAAGUGGAAUCUUUAG